GAACGCUAGCGCAAAGAUUGUCCACCGGUGGUUACCGCUUAUCGUGGGUGCGGUUUGUGUUUUUCUUUUCGCCUCACCACAGCAGACACCGGGCUUCGAGAUGUCGUUCGUUUCCGUACCGCAGGGAAGUGAUUUCCCAAUCGAAAAUCUUCCGUAUGGUAUCUUUAGUACCUCCGCCAAGCCUACCGCCCGGAUCGGAGUGGCGAUCGGUGAGAAGAUUCUCGACCUCGCGGAGGUUGCGAAAUUUUAUCCGGAAAAUCUAAGGGCUGCUCUCGGUGCUACCGUGCUCAACGAUCUGAUGGCCUUGGGUUGCGAAGCGUGGGCCGAAGUACGACGCAUUACCCGCGAACUGCUGCUCACUGGUUCACCGCUGCACAAGGAUGCCGUCCUGCAGACUCGUGCCCUGGUGGCGCAGUCUGACGCCAAAAUGCACCUUCCGGCCAACAUCGGUGAUUACACCGAUUUCUACUCUUCGAUACACCACGCCACCAACGUGGGCGUGAUGUUCCGGGGCAAGGAGAACGCGCUGAUGCCCAACUGGAAGCAUAUUCCGGUCGGUUACCAUGGGCGUGCCAGUUCGGUCGUGGUGUCCGGUACCCCGAUUCGUCGCCCGUACGGACAGACACUUCCGGUCGACGGGGCUGAUCCCGCCUUCGGACCCUGCCGGUUGUUUGACUUUGAACUAGAAAUGGCCUUCCUGAUCGGUGGUCCACCGACGCAGCUCGGGGAAAGAGUUCCCGUCGGAGAGGCGGCCAAACGUGUGUUCGGUUUCGUUCUGAUGAACGAUUGGAGCGCCCGGGACAUUCAAAAGUGGGAGUACGUGCCUCUGGGGCCGUUUACGGCGAAAAACCUCGGAACCAGCAUCUCACCGUGGGUGGUGCCGGUGGCAGCGUUGGAACCAUUCCUGGUCGACAACUACGCGCAGGAUCCGCAACCGUUUCCGUAUCUGCGCCACGAGCAAAAGUUUAACUUCGACAUCAAACUGGAAGUCGACAUCAAGCCGAGUUCUACGGGCGUAGCGACAACGGUCUGUCGGUCGAACUAUCGAAACCUGUACUGGACGGCGCUGCAGCAGAUCGCUCACCACACGGUUACCGGGUGUAAUCUGAAGCCGGGCGACCUGAUGGCAUCUGGAACGAUCAGUGGCGAUGCGUCCGACUCGUUCGGCUCGAUGCUGGAGCUUAGCUGGAAGGGUACGAAACCGGUUCCGCUGGGUGGCGGCGAGACGCGCAAGUUUCUGCAGGACAACGACGAGGUGAUCGUGCGCGGUUACUGUAGCAAUGGCGAUCUUCGCAUCGGGUUCGGCUCUUGCCGCGGUCUGGUGCUACCUGCCACACCAUUCGAGUAGACUCGGACACGGCAAUGAAUCUGUUAUGCAAAUGUGAAAUAAAGUCAUCAAUGUUGCACUCAGC